AUGUUGGGCUCAAUCCGGUGCGGAUGUUGUCGUCCCCGCCGCAGAGUCAGAGUGGCUCGCGGUUGUACGUUCACGAGUCACCUUCACUAUGCUUAUUUCAGUGUUAUACGGAUAGUGCUCCAGUUCUUAUAUGAGCAACGAUUCGAGCGAGCUUUUGAUGCUCUUCAACUGGAUUCUGGAAUAGGUUACGGAAUUGUGGCCAGUAAGUCCCAGUUUAUCGAGGAUGUGGGGAGGGGCGAUGUGCCGAAGCUCAUAGACGUAUGUGGUAAGGCAAAUCUCCCUGAGGGUUUGGUGACUGAUGUUUUAACACACGUGUGUCUGGAAUUAUUAUCAAGUGAUGAUAUGGAGGGAUACGAAGAAUUACUGUCGAAGUCAAAUGGGUUGAGAAAAUUCUCGGAGGAGGAGAAGGCGGGAAUGCAGCGGGUAGCUAAGGAGAUGCGUCCAGAGGAUUUUGUGACCCAGCGUCGGGUGCUGGCGGAGAAGGUGGCGGGUUAUUUAGAGGAGAUGCCUGCGAGUCGGUUGUUGAGUAUAAUUGGUGAGUCUUUGAAGAGGGGUGGCGUUGAUGAGGGUGCGUAUGAUCUUUGUCGAUCGAUGAAAGGUGAAGGGGGUGGAUAUCCCCCGAUGUCUCCGUUGUGCGAUAUAUCAUUCCAAUCUGAAGUGACGUCCGUGAGUUUCUCGCCCGAUGGCCGGACGCUGGCGGUGGGUAUGGUGAAUGGUCGGAUCGAGUUGUAUUUGUGGAAGACUGGAAAGUUACGUGAGGAAUUGGGGUGGACGACCCAGUUGGUUUGGGAGCAUAGCUUGAACGGUCAGGGCAUCCGGAUUACGGCCCUCAAAUUCAGUCCGGACGGUCUCAUUCUGGCUUCGGGUGAUGAGAAAGGUAAUGUGAAGCUAUGGCAGGUAGAGAACGGACGUCUAGGCCAGAAAAUAGUGUGUGCGCACACACACGCAAUCAAUAGUAUUGAAUACCAUCCCAAAAACCAACCUGUACUCUUAACCGCCAGUAAUGACGGGACGGCCAAGAUCCUACAGAUUCGCUCCGCAACCACCAGUCUCGCCUUCACGGGACACGAGGGGUUCGUCACCGCAGCCAUAUUCAGUGGCAAAUUCGUCAUCACCGGUUGCACCGACUCCCUCGUCCGGGUCUUUGCUCUCAAAAGUGGCGCGCUCAUCAAGAAAUUCAAUGUCCCCACACCUCCAAGCAGCAAUCGCGCAGUCACCGCCCUCUACCCGCAUCCCCAUAUAGACCAUGCCUUCUACAUCUCCACCCCCGGCAAUGCCUGCUGUCUCGCCACAACCCAAGGCCUCCCACUCCAUGUUUACUCCUGCGAACAUGAAGAUGACCGGGUACUCGCCGCCUGUCCCCAGGGCAACUGGCUAAUGGUCCUAAUUCAAAACCGCACCCUUCUCGCCAUCGACCCAGAAACCAACCAAGUCCAUGCCACCCAACAACUCUCGCAUGCCGCCACCCACCUCGCACAUAACCCAGUUAACAACGUCCUCGCCAUCUGGGCCGGAAAGUCGCUUCUGGUCCUCGACUAA